AUGUCUGACGCGAGUGAAUCUUCAUUCGAUUACAACAGCGAUCUUUUGUCUAUCAGUUCUAUUGAUACUAACUAUGAUUUAUCAAGCUGGGACGAUUUAUCUUCGGCAGAUGGAUCAGAGAGUAAAUACCCAGAAGAGGCUGCAGACGACGUAGAGGUACCUUGGGUCAAAGAAGGUAUACCGCGCCCUAACUUUCCCUUCACUUCAGAUCCUGGUAUAAAAGUUCCUGAUAUUAGCUUGGAUAAUAUUUUGGAGAUAUUUGAGUUAUUCAUGGAUCACCAUUUGACAAACCUUGUAGUAAAAGAAACAAAUAGGUACGCCAAUCAGUUCAUUAUCAAGAACUAUGAAAAUAUCAGGCCUCGUUCAAGAGUUCGCGCCUGGAGUCAAACGGAUGCUAAUGAAAUAAAAACUUUUCUUGGAUUGUUGUUAUUACAAAGUGUUUGCGUAAAACCAUCAUACGAAAUGUACUUUUCGAAAAGGGAAAGCAUAGAAACACCUUUUUUUUCCAAGGUGAUGACUGAGAGGAAGUUUGCACUUAUAUGUAAGUUCCUAUAUUUUUCUAAUAAUAACGAAAUUGACGAAAACACUUCUCAGAGGAAGCUAUUCAAAAUUAAACCUGUCCUAGAUCACCUUCAAAAAAGGUUUAUGGAAGUUUACAUUCCUGAACAAAACAUUUCCAUUGACGAGUCACUACUAGGUUGGAAAGGUCGCCUAACGUGGAAACAAUACAUCCCAUCGAAAAGAAAAAGGUUUGGGAUAAAACUAUUUAUUUUAGCUGAAAGCUCAACAGGCUACACCUAUAACUUUUUGAUAUAUACCGGAGCUGAUACAAACUAUGGCGACAGCUUCGCGAGUGAACCUUUAUCAGCUAGAGUGGUAUUAGAACUCUCAAAUAAUAUCUUAGAUAAAGGUUAUUGUCUGUUUCUCGAUAACUACUAUACUAGCGUGGACUUGGCAGAAAAGUUAUCGAUGAGGCGCACAGAUUGUGUUGGCACAAUGAGGUUGAAUAGGAAAGGUAUACCAAAAGAGCUGAAGGAGAAAAAGUUGGAACACGGAGAAGCAUAUGCCUUAUUUAGGAAGAAAAUUAUGUUGCUGAAGUAUAAAGAUAAAAAAGAAAUAGUGAUGAUAAGUACUUUACAUGACAAUCAGUUUGUAGAGAAAACAAAAAGAGGGAAGGUAAUGAAAAAGCCAGUAGUUAUAGAGCAUUAUAAUAACAAAAUGGGUGGAGUAGAUUUGACAGACAAUAUGCUCCAUUUUUAUGCAAUGUCACGUACACACCUCAAAAAAUAUUACAGAAAAAUAUUUCUUCAUUUCUUAGAUAUAACUGUAUUAAACAGUUACAUCCUUUACAAAAAACUUGGUGGUAGGAAGUCACGUCUGAACUUUGUAAUAGAUUUAGCUGAAAAACUGAUAGAAAAAUAUGGAAGAGAUAAGAAUUGUAAUGCAGGUAGACGAUCAAAAACAAAAAAUGCAAGUCGGCUGAUGGAGAAACAUUUUCCAUCUGUAAUACCAUCCACGGCACAUAAAAAGAAACCGACCAAAAGGUGUGUAGUGUGUAGAGAGAAAGGCAAGAGGAAAGAGAUUAUAUAUUGGUGCGAAUCAUGUAAAACUGGACUGUGUGCUGCACCAUGUUUUGGUUUAUAUCAUUCGUAG